AUGUCUGGCAUUCAUUCAGGAGUACAAACCAGAAUUAAAGAAUUUAAUCUAAAAGCAAUAUUUGUGCCUUGUGCUAACCAUUCGCUUAAUUUAUGUGGCGUACAUGCUUUUGGUAGUGUUUCUAAGGUCCUAAAAGAAACCGUUGGAGUGACAGUGAAGAGACUUAAUGAUACCAGGUGGAGUGCUCAUCACGAUGGCGUGAAACCAAUCUUCAAACAUUUCGAAAAGUUGGUUAAGGCUGUGGAAAAGCUUUGUGAUGCUUCUGAAAACUUAGAUACGAGAGGAGCAGAGGAGGUGUUGAUGACAAACAUUUGUAACUUAAAUUUCCUUUGUUUCUUGCAUUUGUGGUACCACAUUCUACUCGAGGUGAAUCAUGCCCAAAAAUAUCUUCAAAUAGAAGUUAUUAGCUUGGAAAAGUGUGUUUUGAAGCUGAAAAGCUUGAAUACCUUUUUAGUAGAGAAUCGAAAAGUUCUGGUCCAUAAUGCCGUAGAAUAUGCGACCCAGACUUGUGCUGAAAUUGGCAUUGAUAUUGAAAGCAGAAAACGCAAGCGAGUGAAAAAGAUGAUGCCAGGAAAAAUUACUAAAGAUACAGGUUUAACUCCACCUGAAAAAUUGAAGCGUACUAUGUUCGAGUGCAUUGACCAUUUUUAUGUAGAAUUAGAAAAACGUUUGACCUCGAUGAACACUGUGUAUAAAAAGUUUGCUGUUGAACACAAAGGUAAUCUUUUGAAGGCAACUGAUGAAGAAAUUGUAACCUAUGCACAUCAGUUUUCAGAAACUUUCAAUGAUAUAGAGGAGGAAGAAAUGCUGCCUGAAGUAAAGAGGCUGAAAAGACAUCUGAAGGCUUCUGGCAUCAAAUUAGACAUUGCAGCUGCAUGGACAUCUUUAAAAAAAAUGCUUUAG